CAAGAUGGCAGUACCAUGUAAACAAGCCGCACAACGAUGCUGAACGUGAACAAUUUUAUAUUUUUAAACAUGUACAAAAACUCUCCAUCAAUCUAGUGACUACUCCGUUCCAUCCCAGCAUUUCUAUUCUUUAAGACUCAAAUAACUCAUACAUUGUCCUGUAGUUUAGUUCACUUUCCCGUGUAGGUACAGCCGGAAGCAUGGCAGACGCAGCGGCCCGUCAGCAGCAGUACGAAUACAAAGCGAACUCCAAUUUAGUCUUACAAGCUGACAUCCGUCUUAUUGAACGACGAAGUCGUGAUGAAGCGACAGGAGAAGUUUUAUCAUUGGUCGGCAAGCUGGAUGGCACUCGGAUGGGAGAUAGGUUUGAAAGGAGGAAGCCUAUCAAAGCAGAAGAAAGAAAAGUCAAGCGUCAAAAGAGAGAUGAAGCUCAGUAUGACUUUACUAGAAUGAAAGGAGCAACUCUUCUGUCAGAAAGUGUCCAUGAAAUGGUCGGUAUCAUCUACAAACCAAAGACACAAGAAACUCGGCAGACAUAUGAAAUUUUAUUGAGUUUUAUUCAAGAAGCACUCGGAGAUCAGCCUCGAGACAUAUUAUGUGGAGCAGCUGAUGAAGUUCUUGCAGUUCUAAAAAAUGAUCGUCUUAAAGAGCGUGAGAAGAAAAGGGAAACAGAGUCACUUUUGGGCCCUUUAACUGAUGAAAGAUUUGCUCUAUUAGUUAACCUUGGGAAGAAAAUCACUGAUUUUGGAACCGACGACAAAGUUACAGUUUCAGAUGAAAAAAUCGAUGAAACAUACGGUAUCAAUGUACAGUUUGAAUCCAGUGAGGAAGAAGACAAUGAAGAUGUAUAUGGAGAAGUGAGAGAAGGUGGAGAAGAGAUGGAAGAAGAUGGAGAAGAAGCCUCUAUGAGAGCCAUCCAUGCCGAAAAUCUAACUGGAGGGGAGGCAGUUACCAACAAAAAAGAAAGGACCCUCCAUCCGCGAGACAUUGAUGCAUAUUGGCUUCAAAGAAAUCUAUCACGUUUCUAUGAUGAUGCUAUGGUAUCUCAAUCUAGAGCUGCUGAAGUCUUAGAAAUUUUGCAAAGUGCAGGAGACGACAGAGAUUGUGAGAAUCGGCUGGUCUUAUUAUUGGGUUAUGAUUGUUUCGAUUUCAUCAGGAUCCUCAAAAAACACUGGCACAUGAUUCUGUACUGUACGCUUUUAGCCUCAUCUCAAAGCGAAGCUGAACGUCAAGAGUUAAGAGAGAAAAUGAACCAAGACCCCGCUCUGCAACGGAUUCUCAAACAACUUGAUACAGGUAAAACUGAAGACGAAGAAGAAAGUGGGAGGUACAGAGGCUCAUCUCGAAACUUAGAUCAUGAAGAGGAAGAGGAUGAAGCAACAAACAGUGCAGUUGUUGCCGGUAACAGACAAAUGGUGGAUCUUGAAGAUCUUGCCUUUGCACAAGGAUCUCAUUUUAUGUCGAAUAAACGGUGUCAACUACCAGAUGGAUCUUAUAGGAAACAAAAGAAAGGUUAUGAGGAAGUCCAUGUUCCAGCUUUAAAACCAAAACCAUUUGGCGCGGACGAGCAACUCAUUGCAAUUGAUACAUUACCUCGUUAUGUACAGCCAGCAUUUGAAGAUUUUAGAACGCUCAAUAGAAUUCAGAGCAAACUUUACAAAACAGCCCUGGAAUCAGAUGAGAACCUUUUGCUUUGUGCCCCUACCGGUGCUGGAAAAACAAACGUAGCCUUAUUGACAAUGUUACGAGAAAUUGGAAAACAUAUAAACGCAGAUGGCUCCAUAAAUGCAGAUGAAUUUAAAAUAAUUUACAUUGCACCUAUGAGAUCACUUGUGCAGGAAAUGGUUGGAAGUUUCAGCAAGCGACUGAGUUCAUAUAACCUAACCGUUUCAGAAUUGACUGGUGAUCAUCAGUUAACAAGAGAACAGAUUGAAGCAACCCAGAUCAUUGUUUGCACUCCAGAAAAGUGGGAUAUUAUCACACGAAAAGGUGGUGAUAACUCUUUUAUACAGUUGGUUCGACUUAUAAUCAUUGAUGAAGUUCAUUUGUUACACGAUGAAAGAGGUCCAGUGCUAGAGUCAAUCGUCGUACGUACAAUUCGUAACAUUGAAACAACCAAAGAAGAUGUUCGUAUCGUGGGUCUCUCUGCUACCUUGCCGAAUUAUCGGGAUGUAGCCACCUUCCUGAGAGUUGACAAAGGACUUUAUUAUUUCGAUAACAGCUUCCGUCCUGUCGCCCUUGAACAACAGUACAUUGGAGUCACUGAAAAGAAAGCACUUAAAAGGUUCCAGAUGAUGAAUGAAAUUGUUUAUGAGAAAGUCAUCCAACACGCUGGUAAAAACCAAGUUUUAAUUUUUGUCCAUUCCCGCAAAGAAACUGGCAAGACUGCACGCGCAAUAAGAGACAUGUGUUUAGAAAAGGAUACAUUAGGUUUAUUCUUAAGAGAAGGUUCUGCUUCAACUGAAGUAUUGCGCACUGAAGCAGAGCAAGUCAAGAACAAUGAAUUACGCGAGCUAUUACCUUAUGGCUUUGCCAUGCAUCAUGCUGGUAUGUCACGUGUCGAUCGUACUCUUGUUGAAGACUUGUUCGCAGAUAGACAUGUGCAAGUACUAGUCUCAACUGCUACUCUCGCCUGGGGUGUCAAUUUGCCAGCGCAUACAGUCAUUAUUAAAGGAACACAGAUUUACAACCCUGAAAAAGGACGAUGGGUAGAACUCAGCGCUCUUGAUGUCCUUCAAAUGUUAGGACGUGCUGGAAGACCUCAAUACGACACAAAAGGUGAAGGUAUCCUCAUAACCAAUCAUAGUGAGUUGCAGUAUUACUUGUCGCUACUUAACCAACAGUUGCCCAUUGAGUCUCAGUUUGUCACAAAGCUUCCGGAUAUGUUAAAUGCUGAAUUAGUCCUAGGUUCUGUCCAGAACAUGAAAGAGGCUGUUAAAUGGCUUGGUUACACAUACCUGUUUGUUCGAAUGUUGCGCGCUCCCUCACUUUAUGGCAUAUCUCAAGAAACUCUUGCAAAAGAUCCUCUUUUAGAACAGCACAGGGCUGAUCUUGUUCACACAGCUGCUUUGCACCUUGAGAGGAGUGGUCUCAUCAAAUACGAGCGUAAAACAGGACACUUCCAAGUCACUGAAUUAGGUCGUAUUGCAAGUUACUAUUAUUGCACAAAUGAAACCAUGGCUACUUAUAAUCAGCUGUUGAAACCAACAUUGAGUGAAAUUGAACUUUUCCGCGUGUUUUCACUGUCUAGUGAAUUCAGGAACAUUACUGUGCGGGAGGAGGAAAAGUUGGAGCUUCAAAAGUUGAUGGAAAGAGUUCCUAUUCCCAUUAAAGAAAGCAUGGAGGAAGCAAGCGCAAAAGUUAAUGUUCUUUUACAAGCAUACAUCUCACAGCUGAAACUGGAAGGAUUCGCACUUAUGUCGGACAUGGUUUACAUAACGCAGUCAGCAUGUCGUCUUCUGCGGGCAAUUUUUGAAAUUGUACUUCAUCGUGGCUGGGCUCAACUCGCAGAUAAAACCUUAUCUUUGUGCAAAAUGGUCGAUCGUCGAAUGUGGCAGUCAAUGUUACCUUUAAGGCAGUUCAGAAAAAUGCCGGAAGAAAUAAUCAAGAAAAUCGAGAAAAAGAACUUACCAUGGGAACGUCUGUAUGAUCUGGGACCAAAUGAACUUGGAGAACUUGUUCGUGCUCCCAAAUUAGGAAAAACUAUUCACAAAUACAUCCACCAGUUCCCUAAACUCGAAUUGUCUACUCACAUUCAACCAAUCACGAGAUCCACCCUGAAAGUUGAAUUGACAAUUACUCCCGACUUUGUUUGGGAAGAUAAGGUGCAUGGUUCUUCCGAAGCGUUUUGGAUCAUGGUUGAAGAUGUGGAUUCAGAAGUUAUCCUUCAUCAUGAAUUUUUCCUUCUAAAGGCGAAGUAUCAAGCUGAUGAACAUAUUGUCAAAUUCUUCAUUCCAGUUUUCGAGCCCCUCCCUCCGCAGUAUUUCCUCAGAAUAGUUUCUGAUCGUUGGAUCGGUGCGGAAACACAACUUCCAGUGUCUUUCAGACAUCUUAUAUUGCCUGAAAAGAACUUACCUCCCACAGAGUUGCUAGACUUGCAGCCUCUACCUAUCACUGCUCUUAGGAACAGUCAAUUUGAAUCUUUAUAUCAAGAAAAAUUCCCACAGUUUAAUCCAAUUCAGACGCAAGUUUUCAAUGCAGUCUACAACAGUGACGACAAUGUCUUUGUUGGAGCACCUACUGGCUCAGGUAAAACAACUAUAGCAGAAUUUGCCAUCCUUCGUUUACUGUCGCAAAAUCCUGAAGGACGCUGUGUUUAUUUAGUGCCCCAAGAAUCUCUAGCAGAAAUUGUCUAUGAAGAAUGGCAACAGAAAUUCGGCACGUUGUUGGGUCAGAAAGUAGUUCUUCUGACAGGAGAGACAGCAACAGAUUUGAAAUUGUUGCCUAAGUGUCAAAUUGUCAUCACAACGGCUGAAAAGUGGGAUGUGUUGUCACGAAGGUGGAAACAGCGUAAGAACGUUCAAAACAUCCAUCUUUUUAUUGUUGAUGAACUUCAGCUAAUAGGUGGCGAAGAGGGCCCUGUGCUGGAGGUUGUUUGUUCUCGUAUGCGGUACAUGUCUGCACAGAUGGAAAAACAAAUCAGAAUAAUCGCCCUCUCUGCAUCUGUUGCUGAUGCUCGUGAUCUCGCUCAGUGGUUAGCUUGCUCGCCCAACUCCAUGUUCAAUUUCCAUCCAAGUGUACGGCCAAUCCCACUAGAACUUCACAUACAAGGCUUCAAUAUUACUCACAAUGCAUCUCGACUGAUAGCAAUGCAAAGACCAGUUUAUAAUAAUAUUGCGAAACACAGUUCAGACAAACCUGUCAUCAUUUUUGCACCAACAAGGAAACAAGUUCGGCGUACCGCUAUUAGUAUUCUAACUUACGCUGCCGCUGAAGGCCAACCUAAGAGAUUCUUUUAUGCAGAAGAUGAAGACAUCAAGCCAUUUUUGGCUCGUAUCUCAGACAAUACUUUAAAAGAGACUUUACCAUAUGGCGUCGCAUACAUGCAUGAGGGUCUUUCGCAUAGUGACAGGCAGCUAAUAGAGCAGUUGUUUGAAACAAACGCAAUUCAAGUAGCAGUUGUUACAAGAAAUCUAUGUUGGAGUCUUACCAUCUCUGCUUAUUUAGUAAUAAUCAUGGACACUCAGUAUUAUGAUGGAAAAAUCCAUGCGUAUGAAGACUAUCCAAUCACAGAUGUUAUUCAAAUGGUAGGUCGUGCCAACAAACCUCUCGAACACAAUGAUGCCAAAUGCAUUCUCAUGACUCAAAACUCAAAGAAGGACUUUUUCAUGAAGUUCCUAAAUGAACCAUUGCCUGUAGAGAGCCAUCUGGAUCACCGUUUGCAUGAUCAUUUCAAUGCAGAAAUUGUGACAAAGACUAUUGAAAACAAGCAGGACGCUGUGGAUUACUUGACUUGGACAUUCCUGUACCGACGGACCACUCAAAAUCCUAACUACUAUAACCUCCAAGGAGUUACACACAGACUUCUUUCUGAUCAUUUAUCUGAACUUGUUGAAAAUACACUCCAGGAUCUUGAACAAUCCAAAUGUAUCAGCAUAGAAGAGGAAAUCGACUGCACUCCAUUGAAUUUAGGAAUGAUCGCUGCUUACUAUUACAUCAAUUAUACAACUAUAGAAUUGUUCUCAUUAUCUUUGAAUAACAAGACUAAGAUCAGAGGUUUACUAGAAAUCAUAUCAAAUGCUUCAGAGUACGAGGCAGUUCCAGUCAGACACAGAGAAGAUAAUUUGCUUCAGAGUCUUGCGCAAAGACUGCCAAAUAAACCAACAAGUAGUUCCGGCCAGCCUGUCAAGUUCAAUGAUCCUCACAUCAAAACCAAUCUUCUGUUGCAAGCUCAUCUUUCUAGGAUUCAACUAGGUCCUGAGCUACAAGGAGAUACUGAAAUGAUUUUGUCAAAGGCAAUCAGACUUAUUCAAGCAUGUGUGGAUGUUCUGAGUUCGAAUGGAUGGCUUUCGCCAGCUGUCGCUGCUAUGGAACUUGCGCAGAUGGUCACCCAAGCCAUGUGGAGUAAAGACUCCUACCUCAAACAGUUACCGCACUUUACACCAGAAGUCAUCAAAAGGUGUCAAGAAAAGGGUGUUGAAACCGUAUUUGAUGUCAUGGAAUUGGAAGAUGAAGAUCGUGUUAAACUUCUACAAAUGACUGAUUCGCAAAUGACAGAUGUUGCCAACUUCUGUAACCGUUACCCUAACAUUGAUAUCAAUUAUGAGAUCAACAACAAAGAUAAAAUAACAAGCGGUCGACCUGUCAACAUCACUGUUAAUCUUGAACGAGAAGAUGAAGUUACUGGGCCUGUCAUUGCACCCUUCUUCUCACAGAAAAGAGAAGAAGGUUGGUGGAUUGUCAUUGGUGAUCCUAAAGCUAAUUCACUACUUUCCAUCAAGAGAUUGACACUUCAGCAGAAAGCAAAAGUCAAGUUGGACUUCAAUGCUCCAAAUCCUGGUCAUCAUACUUACACCCUGUACUUCAUGAGUGACGCUUAUCUAGGUUGUGAUCAAGAAUACAAAUUCAGCAUUGAUGUCAAUGAAGAUUAUGAUUCUGCAGACAGUGAUGAAGAUUAAACUGUAAGCUGAAAUAAUAGUUUGGCUCUUUAUACCCCUCAAGGUACUGUGUCUUUCCCCUCUCCUAUAGGUUUUGAUAAACUCCCACUUUAUAAUUGUAAAAAAAUGUAAAUAAGCUGUAAAAAGAAAAGAAAAAAACAAAUAAAGAGUCUUCUUUUAGAAAGAAA